AUGGCAAGAACAAUCCACACAGCCAGACCCAACCCUCCAACACCGGUCUCCGAUCCAACAAGGAGCGCACCAAGCGUGUCUCGGCUCCACACCACCUUUGUAGAAGUCCGGGUCCACACCGCCAAAUGCGACUCGUGUGACAGGCACAACAAGCUGACCCUGUACCGCUGCACGGAAUGCGGCCAGCACGUGUGUUCGUUGUGUUGGCGCAAGUCCGGGGACGGGACCCAUGUCUUCGGUGGUGGAUUGCACGAUGUGCCUGGAUUGGACGCUAACCAUCUCGUCGAGGACGAUGAUGCUGAAAGCGAGCGGGGAUAUAAGAAGGGGGGUAGGACGUAUGCUAGAAGGAGAGUUCAGGUCAUCAGCGACGACGAAGAUGAUGAUGUCACGAUGUUGGAGCCUGCUCGCACAACGGAGAACGCAGAGGUGAAUGAUGCAAGCAGGCAAGAUGGGAAGGAAAUAACCGUCAUCAUGAAUGAUGACCAUCACGAAGACCAUGAAGAUGACUUGCCCAGAUUGUGGCCUGUCGUAGCAUCCGGAGAAUUGCCAGUGUUGACGCCUGUUGUACCAGCUGCCAACACAACUGCAUCCGAGAGCGUAACCCGGGCGACGCAGAGAGAUCCUCACAUCUAUAGAGGGGAAGGUGACUCAGAGCACCAGAGGAUCGUGCGAGUUUAUGACAGCCUAGGCAGACAAACAAUGUCUAGUCGAUAUGCCUUUGUUGGCGACCAGGAGACAAGCCUUCAAGCUCCUCGUCCCGCUCCACCCUUAAUGGCACACCAGCAGGCCGCUGAGUUGGCUCCUGAUCAGAUCAGACCCGCCAUCUACCGCCCCCGGCCUGGGGCAGAUGUGGAUAAGCAGGCGGCUCGCAACCAACUUGCUUUCGCCAACAGCCGACUAACGAAUCGUCAAGCUCCUCGGCCAGACAAAGCCCCCAUCUCACACGAGCAGGCGGUCCAUCCGGCUCCUCGUACGGCGCAAGCCUCCAUCUCUCCGCAGCAUGCUCACACUGCAGCAAACGUGGACCGGGUGGCGGUGCGCAGUCAACAGAUCCUCCGCUUGACCCAGCAGGCUCAGGCUUACGCGAAUGCAAAGCAGAUGGAGGCUCGCAAUGGACAGGCCUUGAGCUCACACCAGAAUACGCGGCCGGCAGCAGAUAGGGACCAAGUAGCGGCUCACAACCAGCAAGCGUUCAUCUCAAACCAGCUGUCGUCAUCUGGUGCAACCUAUGUGGAACAGAUGAUAGCGGCUCGCGAUCGACAGCAGGCCUAUCUCUCACGCCAGCAGGCAAAUCAUCCAACGCCUGGCCCAGCCCAAACCUGGGUCUCAUACCGAGGUGCUACUAAUACACCUCGCUUUCCAGCUCAGGCCUUCCUCUCACAGCAGCAUGCGGCCCUCUUGACUUCUCGUCAGGCCCAGCAUCGGAUAGCCACUCAAGAUCAUGCCAAUGGACCUUCGGGGGGUGUCCAGGUUCGAGAGCACUCUCCAGAAAUCCUCGAAGCAGCCGACACCCUUCUGUUCUACGCCGGAGUAGAUCAGACUCCGGGAGUUCGUCUCCGUUCGGAACAAGAUGAGGAUGGUGUCUCACGGUUGGUCAGUGCAGCUGGUCAGCUUGAAAAAGCAAGCUCUGCCCGUUCUAAGCCCCACUCGUCUUCGAAGACUUUUGCCGGUGGGUCUGGAGCAGCUGGAACACACUCUAAUAGCUCACGUGGUCCUGCAUGGAAACCGAGUCGGAGAAUUACGGACGCUGAUUCAGCAAAAGCUCGACUCGACAAGCAUCGGGCUCGUCUUGCUGGUUUGCACUCACCAGCAGGUACUCAAAACACUUUUUCUGACCGACCAGUCAGCAUACGAGGUCAUCCAAGCUACCCUCAUCCUGCGUUGCAGUCUGAUCCAGGACGCAUGCUCGCUGACUCCUCCGCUGCCCAGUUUCACAAGUCUAGCUUUCGCGGUGCCCAGUCGCACCCAGGCCCUAGGCUCCCUAUGUCAGAGCAUGCCGCUACGUAUCUCAAUCAAUGGAACUCUGGUCGUGCUGCCAUGUCCUCAAGCUCGAGUAGUACUGCCGUUGAUGUGCCGGCUACCCGACUUAAUCACACCCACUCUCCUGUCUCAGCACUACAUCCGCGUUCAACUAUUAGUGUUCAGGGCAUCACAGCUACUGGGCGUAGCUCAGAAGAGGCCGCGGAGGCUAGCACUCAGGCGCUGAGCGCUCCGACGUCCGUGUCCGGAGGACUGAAUGAUGUCGAUGUUGUGAUGGGUAGCCCUGAUGUCGAGAUUUUCGAGUACGAAGAGUCUCGUCGUAGUGAGACACGGGCUCCGGAGAAUAACGCUUGGACAGUUGGAAUGGUUAGGGAUGCCGAAAAGGCUCGUGCUAGGGCAGCUGGGCCAACCUCCGAGCUGCACGCCGAAGGCAAAAGCGAAAAGCAUCCGAGAGACGAGAAAAAAGGUCACCGUAAAACUAACAAGGAGCACAAGGCGUCAGGCGAUGUCGAUUUUAUUGACGCGAGGAAGAGAAACAGCAAGGACAAGCACUCUGAACAGACCGAUGACGAUGAUAGUGACAUCGAAAUUACCUAUUGGAAUAAGUUGGACAGCAACAAGACGGCUGAAAACCACCGGGAUACAAAUGCUGAGGCAAAGGGACCCAAGCCCGCCAACAUCAUCAAGAAAGGCGUGUCGCACAUUCAGAAGCCAGCACCGAAGGGUCAGAAGGGGAAGACGACGGUGCACAGAAAUUCUUUGGAGCUGAGAAGGAUGUGA